AGGUCGCCUUGGUUGACUCACAGCCGCCAUCGCUGUAGAGGGAGGAGAAGCGGAGGAGCUGCGGAGCGGAUUAUAUCAUGAAGCAGGCGGACGGGUCCUUUGGGGUGCAGGAUUUGGCAUUUGACGCAUUCUAGUGCAGCAUGUCGGAACUGAUCCAGUAUCAGAAAGACGUGCUGAUUGCUGUGACGAUGCUGACCCAGCUCUUCAGGCUGCAUGGCCUGUUUGUGGCCUCGCAUCCCUGGGAGGUGAUCGUGGGGACGAUCGCCGUGACCAUCUGCCUCAUGUCCAUGAAUGCCAUCGCUGGAGGAGAUCAAAUCUGUGACUGGAACUACCAGUGCCCUAAAGUGCAGGAGAAAAUCCUGAGCUCUGACAUCAUAAUCCUAACCAUCACAAGGUGUCUGGCCAUCGUCUACAUUUACGUUCAGUUUAAAAACCUGAGGCAGCUCGGCUCCAAGUACAUGCUCGGGAUUGCUGGUCUCUUCACUGUGUUCUCCAGUUUUGUCUUCAGCACUGUGGUUAUUCACUUCCUGGGAAAGGAGCUCACGGGCCUCAAUGAAGCGCUGCCGUUCUUCCUGUUGCUGAUUGAUCUGUCUAAAGCCUGUACUCUCGCCAAGUUCGCCCUCAGCUCCAACUCUCAGGAGGAGGUGAGGGAGAACAUAGCUCAGGGCAUGGCCAUCCUGGGUCCUACCUUCACUCUGGAUGCUGUGGUGGAGUGUCUGGUGAUCGGAGUGGGAACCAUGUCUGGUGUGCGGCAGCUGGAGCUCAUGUGCUGUUUUGGCUGCAUAUCAGUUCUGGCAAAUUACUUUGUCUUCAUGACCUUCUUCCCCGCCUGCGUCUCUCUCGUCCUGGAGCUGUCGAGAGAGAGUCGGGAGGGGCGUCCGAUCUGGCAGCUCAGUCACUUCGCCCGAGUUCUGGAGGAAGAGGCCGAUAAUAAGCCCAACCCCGUCACUCAGCGCGUCAAAAUGAUCAUGUCUCUGGUCCUGGCUCUGGUUCACGCUCACACUCGGCUUUUAGCUGAGUCUCCCUCCAACAACUCCAGCGGCUCUGCCGUGGAUCUGCACAGCCCCAGCCUGGACUCGGACACGGCCAUGACCAGUGUGGAUUUGGAGCAGGUGAUCACGCUCUCUCUGGCGCUGCUUCUGGCCGUGAAGUACGUCUUCUUCGAGCAAGCGGAGACCGAAUCCUCCCUGUCAAUCAAAAGCCCCAUGACCACACCCCCAACUGCUCUGACCAAUAGGAGGACAGCAGAGGACUGCUGUAGGAGGGAACUGACUCCUCCCAAAGCGUUAAAGAGAGUGAACACUAACCCGACAGCAGCUUCUCCCUCCACCACUACAGCUACAGAGGAGAGAGAUACUAAAAUACAGAAAAAAAGCUCUUCCAUAGAUGAGGUGAAUGGGGCUCUGCUGGUGUUCAGAGAUCAGUGGUGUGCCCCGGGACAGACUGAUAAAGCAGAGGAGCAGCCGGAGGAGAGGGAGGACCGGGUCUCCAGGUCUCAGCCUCGGACGCUGCAGGAGUGCCUGAGCGUUCUCCGAGACCCACAGCGAGGUCCACGCUGUCUGACUGAUGCUGAGGUGAUAGCACUGGUGGAAAACAGGAGCAUUCUGGGAUAUCGCCUGGAGGCGGUACUGGAGACUCCUGAGAGGGGCGUGGCCAUACGGAGAGAGAUGCUUUCGGGUAAACUGCCCCACCCCUCGGCCCUGGACCAUCUGCCCUACAGAGACUAUGACUACUCUAAGAUAAUGGGCUCAAACUGUGAGAAUGUGAUUGGCUAUGUGCCGGUGCCGGUGGGCGUGGCCGGGCCGCUGCUGUUGGAUGGGAGGGAGUUUUAUAUCCCCAUGGCCACGACUGAAGGCUGUUUAGUAGCCAGCACUAACCGAGGCUGCAGGGCCAUUACUUUGUCGGGUGGGGCAAGUGCGUGUGUUCUGGCGGACGGUAUGACGCGGGGUCCGGUGGUUCAGCUGGUAUCGGCCUGUAGGGCUGCGGAGGUUAAAUCCUGGUUGGAGAGUUCCGAGGGGUUUAAUGCAGUUAAACAGGCUUUCGAUCUCACCAGCAGGUUUGCUCGGCUGGACCGGCUGCAGAUCAGUUUAGCUGGUCGGAACCUCUACAUCCGCUUCCAGUCUCAGACUGGAGACGCCAUGGGCAUGAACAUGCUCUCUAAGGGUACAGAGCAGGCUCUCUGCAGGCUGCGGGAGGAGUUUCCGGAUCUGCAUGUUUUGGCGGUCAGUGGGAAUUACUGCACUGAUAAAAAACCUGCAGCGGUGAACUGGAUCCACGGCCGAGGGAAAUCCACUGUGUGCGAGGCUACCAUCCCGGCCAGAGUGAUCAGAGAGGUGUUGAAGACGAGCACUGCAGCGCUGGUGGAGCUGAACAUCAGUAAGAACCUGGUGGGCUCUGCCAUGGCCGGCAGCAUCGGGGGCUUUAACGCUCAGGCGGCUAACAUCGUGGCAGCGAUUUACAUCGCGUGCGGACAGGAUCCAGGUCAGACGGUGGGCAGCAGUAACUGUAUCACUCUGAUGGAGGCGGUGGGAUCAGAAGGAGAGGAUCUGUGUAUAUCCUGCACUAUGCCCUCUAUUGAGCUGGGUACUGUGGGAGGGGGCACAAACCUGCCCCCACAGCAGGCCUGUUUACAGAUGCUCGGUGUACAGGGUGCGAGUGUAGACUGCCCUGGUGAAAAUGCCCGCAUGCUGGCGCGGGUGGUGUGUGCUGCAGUGUUGGCUGGAGAACUGUCCCUCAUGGCUGCUCUUGCUGCUGGACACCUAGUGAAAAGUCACAUGACUCUCAACAGAUCGAAAGUCGACCUCCCGAAAUUUUCUGAACAGUCGCCACGGGAACCGUCCUGAGAACUACAAGCCCCCUGAGUGGCCGCUGAGCUUGAGCCCCCUGCUGCACUCUGGGAAAUGGAGUCUGUUAUAUGUAAACUGUUAUGGCUGCUAAAAUUCACUCUCAGGAGGUUCUGUCGCCCCUGUGGAGCUGAGGAGUGAACACUGAGUGUGAGAAGACGACAGAAGAUAACGCCAAAUAGAGCUUUUUGGGUUCUGAAGGAGCUUGCGCCGGUGUUCAGACAGUGACGGUCUUCUGUGUGUGUGUGUGUGUGUGUGUGUGUGUGUGUGUGUGUGUGUGUGUGUGUGUGUGUGUGUGUGUGUGUGUGUGUGUGUGUGUGUGCUGAAAUGAUCUGUCCCAGUUUGUCCAGUCAGUGUAUGUGUGAUACUUGCUUAUUUACUUCACACAUCUGUACAUCAGAACAUAUGGAUGGAAAAUGGAUUUCUCUCUUAAUUUAUUUAAAAUAAUUUAGCUUUUUGUCCUUUUCAACAAAACCACUCAGAAUUAAUUCCAAAUUAAAGUAAAAAAAAAUGACCUGUACUCAAGUCUUAGAAAGAUAGAAAUUCAUCGACAAACCA